UAUGGCCAAGACCAAAGAGCUGUCGAAGGACACCAGAGACAAAAUUGUAGACCUACACCAGGCUGAGAAGACUGAAUCUGGGUAAAACACUUGAUGUAAAGAAAUCAACGGUGGGAGCUAUUUUUAAAAAAAGGAAGACAUACAAGACCACUGAUAAACUCCCUCGAUCUGGGGCUCCAUGCAAGAUCUCACCCCGUGGCGUCAAAAUGAUAACAAGAACGAAGUGUUGGACUAGCGCCCACGCUAUGUAAAUUAUCAUAACACAUAUGCAAUUGGACAUGGACUCCACCCCAAAGUGGGAAAGCCCCGGCAAAAAAAAAAUCCUACUUAAAGGGCCGGCAGCUGCUUUCUCUGGCAUUUUUGCACCUGCCAAAAAGGAAACAUGGAAGUUCGCGUAUGUUUCCUCGCUGCACUUUUUAUCUUCAGCACCUUCACGGUCAGCACGCGCUCAGCUAGCUGCUGUCUGAAGUACUUCAAGCGCGAGUUGCCAUGCCAACUAAUUUCCGGCUACACCUACCAAUCAAUGGGCAGGUUCUGCGACAUAAAUGCAGUCAUCCUGCACCUCCCCAGAAGAUUCUUGUGUGCCGACCCAACCUCAAAUUGGACACAGAGAGUUAUGCGUUGUGUCGAUGAGCGCAGGAAGAAGAAGAAUUUCGAGAAAUCUACCAACAUCACAAGAGCAACAGCUGCAUAAACUCUGACAAUUGCAUUUUUCGGGGGAAGGAUUUAUCUUCACGCAAGCUUCAAGCACUUCAAGCUCUGUUUUAUAAACAGCUAAGAGUAGUAUUUUAAAUACGUGUACAAGUUCUCAUAUUUAAAUAAUUUAUGGGCAAUAGUUGAUGAUUGACCGGAUUGUGUUCUCAAAUGUUUGGUUGACGGUAAUUUAUUAAAGAUCUUUGUUUUUUCUAAAUAUCACACAUGUCCGGAUUCUUUGUGCCAUUGACAGAGUAUCGUUGCUCAAGUGAUGUUAGGGCUGACAUUAUUUUGAUAGUAAAUAAAGAGAAUGUGUAUUGCUUUUUCAUUUUUUUCAUUGGAAAUAUGAAUGAAAUGUAUAUUUAACGUUUUUCAUUUUUUGCUUUUUCUAAAAUAAUGUAAAAAUAAAACAAAAACAAAAAAACUUGAAUGAAUUUAUACCAUUAUGUGGUUCGAAAAAGACUACUACGACGAUUUUGAGGUCUACAAUAAAUCAGGGUUUAUCAAAUUAGUUGUCGAUCACUUUGAUAAUCGAUUCGUCCGGGGAUCAGUAUCCCGCGGCUCUUUAGUGAUGCCCUGGCAGGGCUGUCAACAGACUUGCAGGGGCCCGGGGACAAGAGACCAUUAUAGGGCCCCCCACACCCCAUCCCGCCCCUGCCACCGGCUUGUCGCGACAACAAAUGCAGUACUUUUAUCGUUUUACAAGCAAUGACAGUGUAACUUUUCAAAUUAUUUGAGAUGGACAGUUAAAGUUAACAGACCGUAAUGUGAUGUGACAAAAUAUAAACAAUUUCCAUCUAUUGUACCAUGUAGGCUACAAUACAAUACAACUGCGAGUGCUAUGCCUGUCUGCUAAACCACAAAACAGUAUAACUAAACAUCCUGUGUAUAUGCUAUAACACAGAGUGGGUUGUAAACCCAAGAUAAAUCCAGCCGCCGG